AUGGAUAAUGAUCGACGACAUGAGAAAUCUUGGAAUGAUCCGCCGAUGUUUUCUGUGGAGCAGCUGAACAAGGCUUCCGGCUCGGUUCCACUGAACAAGAGAUACCGCUAUCCACAGGCACCGGUUCAGGCGCCUAAUCAGAUGUACCAGCAGCAGCAGCAGCAGCCCAAUAUGGGCAUGACAGGUGGCUAUGGCUACCAGCAACCGGCGAACAAUCCUCAGCUAUCGUACGGACAGCCACAGCAACAGCAGUACCCGGGAGCCUUCUCCCCUUACGGGCCUGAUCCCAAUGCAAAUGCAGUCCGUGCAGUGCCAAAUGCGUCAGGCUAUCAAGCACCUCCGCCACCGCUGCCCAAUGUCAGUCAGCAUCAAGCGCAGCAGUAUCCGCAGCCGCAAUACGCUCCAAGUCAGCCACCAGCCAUAGCUCCAAAUGCUUAUCCUGCUGGUGCUUACGGUGGCGGAAAUCUGCCCAGUAAUCAGCCCAGUCAAAUCAACUACAACACUGGUCAGUACGGUGGCAACCCAGCGAGUAAUUACAAUGUUGCUAGUCAGUAUGGCGGUCAGCAGCAGCAACAGCAGCCUCUGACAGAGCCUGCUCCGCCGCAGAUGAACUACCAGUCUCAAGUUCCGCCGUACAACUCACAGGGAAGAUACUAG